AAUAAAAUCAUUUCAAAAAUCAGAACAAGUAACGUGGUUCCUUCAACUCUUUCUCUUAUUUUCAAAAAAAUGAGCACUACAGGAUCUGCACCGCCCAAUUCAAAACUUAAAUCAGUUGAGGACACGGAUGAUGAUAGGACUCUCGCUGAAGACGAUCAAAACGAUCAAAACUCUGGGAGUAUGGAUCACCGAUUUGAGAGAAUCAAGGUGACACUGAUGAUGACUCAGGGCAAGAAGUUCGGACUUGGAAUAGUAUCUGUUCAUCAACGUAUACUGGUCUGCAAAGUGGAAAAUGAAUCUCUAGUAGCCGGGGUUCUCAAGUACGGAGAUCAGAUUAUCGAGAUUAACAAGAAAAACGUCUUAAACAAAAUUGAUUGUAAGAAGCGGUUGAUGCAAUGCCUCAAGGAUAAAGGACAAGUUGAUAUUAUCAUUGUGCGCCCAAAGACUGCAGAUGCUGUUACCAUGAUUGAACAAGAAAUUCAACUCUCGCAACAACCGAGCACUACUGCACAGCCAAAGAUCAAUUGAACUUGUAUAAUGAAUAAAAAGUAUAAGUACAGAAUUAAAAUUGAACU